AUGGUGCAGAAGCUGGACCAGAAGCUGCCGGUGGCCAACGAGUACCUGCUCCUCUCCGGGGGCGUCCGGGAGGGCGUGGUGGACCUGGACCUGGACGAGCUGAACGUGUACGCGCGGGGCACCGACUACGACAUGGACUUCACCCUGCUCGUGCCGGCCCUCAAGCUGCACGACCGCAACCAGCCCGUGACGCUGGACAUGCGGCACUCGGCGCUGUGCCACUCCUGGCUGAGCCUGCGGCUCUUUGACGAGGGCACCAUCAGCAAGUGGCGGGACUGCUGCACGGUGGCCGACCACGCCAGCGGGGCCACCAACUACUUCUUCUCGCCCAUCAAGGUGGCCGAGUGGUUCUACGACUCCAUCCGCGUGGUGCUGUCCGAGGUGCAGAAGAAGCCGCAGCGCGGCACGCCGCGGGUGGACAAGGUGGAGAAGAGCGGCACGGUGCUCUCCAUCAUCCUGGGCGUGGGCAGCAGCCGCAUGCUCUACGACAUCGUGCCCGUGGUGUCCUUCAAGGGCUGGCCGGCCGUGGCGCAGAGCUGGCUCAUGGAGAACCACUUCUGGGACGGCAAGAUCACCGAGGAGGAGGUCAUCAGCGGCUUCUACCUGGUGCCCGCCUGCUCGCACAAGGGCAAGAAGGACAACGAGUGGCGGCUGUCGUUCGCCCGCAGCGAGGUACAGCUCAAGAAGUGCAUCUCGAGCAGCCUGAUGCAGGCGUACCAGGCGUGCAAGGCCAUCAUCAUCAAGCUGCUCUCGCGGCCCAAGGCCAUCAGCCCGUACCACCUGCGCAGCCUCAUGCUCUGGGCCUGCGACCGGCUGCCCGCCAGCUACCUGGCGCAGGAGGACUGCGCCGCCCACUUCCUGCUGGGCCUCAUCGACGACCUGCAGCACUGCCUGGUCAACAGGAUGUGCCCCAACUACUUCAUCCCGCAGUGCAACAUGCUGGAGCACCUGUGUGAGGAGACGGUGAUGCUGCACGCGCGCAAGCUCUCCUCCGUGCGCUCGGACCCCGCCGAGCACCUGCGCACGGCCAUCGAGCACGUCAAGGCGGCCAACCGGCUGACCCUGGAGCUGCAGCGGCGCGGGAGCGCCACCAGCCUCCCCUCCCCCCAGGCCGACGGGGCCGACCCCGGCCAGCCCGACGACCGCCUGGCCAAAAAACUGCAGCAGCUGGUGACCGAGAAUCCGGGCAAGUCCAUCUCGGUCUUCAUCAACCCUGACGACGUGACCCGGCCGCACUUUAGGAUCGACGACAAGUUCUUCUGAGCGUCCCGGCCCAAGCCCACGGCCUGCGCGGUGUUUGCUGUGUGUCUGUGUGCGCGGGCUCUCGCCCGCUCCCUCGUCUUCGUGCGGCACAGGGUGGC